AUGGCUUCCGAGAAAGACUUCAAGUCUAGCUUGGAUCUCAAAGAUUCCGAUGCCAAACACAUCGAAGUCGCCGACCAUGCCCCGAAUCAGGACGCUCUCGCAACCAGCGUCAAUGAUCUCCCCAUCACCUGGUUCGUAUGGCUGGUGGCCUUCACAGCCUCCAUUGCGGGUAUGCUGUUUGGUUACGACACGGGUAUCAUCUCCGGCGUGCUGGUGGUCCUCAAGGACGACCUGAACAAUCGACCAGUCACCAGUGCCGAAAAGGAGAUGAUCACCUCGCUGUGCUCUGGCGGCGCCUUCAUCGGCGCCAUCUUCGCCGGCAACACCGCAGACCGAUUUGGCCGCAAAAUGGCCAUCUACCUCGGGUGUGUUCUCUUUGUGAUUGGCUCCGUCCUGCAAGCGACCGCCUACACGAUCGCACAAAUGAGCGUGGGGCGAGUCGUCGUGGGCCUGGGCGUUGGGUCGGCGGCGAUGGUUGUGCCCUUGUACAUUGCGGAGAUCGCACCCUCCCGGGCGCGCGGCCGUCUAAUCGGGCUAAACAACAUGUCCAUCACCGGGGGACAGAUCAUCUCCUAUGCCAUUGGAGCGGCCUUUGCGGACGUCAGUCACGGCUGGCGCUACAUGGUCGGACUGGGCGGACUUCCAGCCCUUAUCCUCGGCUUUAUGAUGCCGUUUUGUCCCGAGUCGCCGCGCCAUCUCGUCUACAAUGGGCGAAACGAGGAAGCCCGUGCCGUGCUUUGCCGAAUCUACAGCGCCGCUGCAACCAACGAGCAGAUCGACGCGCAGCUGGCAUCCAUCCGCGUGGCAUGCGAUCAGGCCCGCGAGAUCAACGAGACGGGAAGCAAGUGGUCGAAGAUCGUGAAACUGCAUACCGUGCCCAGCAAUCUACGCGCGCUGAUCAGUGCCUGUGGGUUGAUGGUUAUUUCACAGAUGAGCGGAUUCAAUGCCCUCAUGUAUUACUCGUCGACGCUGUUUUCCUUGGUAGGGUUUGAUGACUCCACGGCCGUGGGUCUCGUGGUCGCAGGCACCAACUUUAUUAUGACUUGGGUGAAUAUGAUGGUCGUGGACGGCUGGGGACGUCGACGGUUACUUCUCUCCACUGUCUGGGGUAUGGCGGUGGGGUUUGUGGCCGUCGCCGUUUCGAUCCACUUCAUCCCGGUCAACAUGGAGACCCUGGAGCCACUCAACCCGGGCGUCUCCGGCCCUGCAAUUGCAGUGCUCGUAUUUGUGAUCUGGUUCGUGGUCUUCUACGGCGUAUCUGUCGGCAACACCGCCUGGAUGAGCACGGAUUUCUUCCCACUUGAAGUGCGGGCCAUGGGCACCAUGUGGAUGACCUGCUCCAACUGGGGCAGUAACGUCAUUGUCUCCAGUACCUUCUUGACCAUGGCUAAAUUCAUGACCCUCUCCGGUGCAUUCGGAUUCUACGCCGCCAUUUGCGGGAUUUCCUACGUGUGGAUCUACUUCUUCUACCCCGAAGUAUCUGGCUUAGUCCUCGAAGAAGUGCAAGAGGUAUUCGAGCAUGGUUUCGGAGUCAACUACGCCCGUCAGCUGCGCAAAGAGCGAAAAGACAUCAUCGAGGAGCGGAUGAGGAGCGCGGACAAGCCAAUUCCCAUGGGGCAUUAG